AAAAUGAGGAAGGGGGAUUGAGCAACCAGUCGGAGGAAAGAAUGCCAGUAAAUCCUGUCUGCAUGGUAACGGCGGAGAUGCAGAGGAGACGGGAGAGGAGAGCUGAGGAGAGCCCUGGACCCGGACUGCGACGUGCUCCGGGAUGCCUUAGACGUCCCGGCCCCUCCGGUCUCAGAUGAGAGGCAACGCCCGUUCCCAGGGCUCUGGGGUUCAGAGGCCCAGCGGGCUGGCAUGGGCGACGGCACCCACGGAGGAGCAGCCCGACCUUCCUCUCGGUCUUGAGGGGAGAGAAGAAAUGAAAGUCAGGGGCGGCGUGCUCCUUCCCGCUAGGAAGAUGCCCUCGGCGGCCCGCUCCCAGAGAGGAGGCCUCGUCUCCACCACCUUUCUGCUGACCUUCCUGUCCUCCUGCCUGGCGGUGGGGUCUCUCUACCAAGUCUUCACGCUGCAGGCCGAACUGGCCAGCCUCCGGGGCGAGCUGCGGGCCUACCGAGCCCGGGGCGAGCGGCCUCAGCCCCCGCAGAAGGGGAAGGGAGGCCCUCCCCCGCCCGCUCUGAGGGGGGCUGCUCCAGCCGGCGCCGGCAGACCCCAACACCUCUGGAGGCUCCCCGAAUCGGAAGAGAGCCACCCCAGUCCGAGCCAGAGAGAGAACCGUGUUAAGAGGGGUGCCCAGGACCCAGAGGAAACCGUGAUUCAACCUUGCUUGCAACUGAUUGCCGAUAGCAAAAGCCCCACCCUUCACAAAGGGGAUUCAACCUUUGUUCCCUGGCUUCUCAGCUUUAAAAGAGGAACAGCUCUGGAAGAAAAAGAAAAUAAAAUACUGGUCAAAGAAACUGGUUACUUUUUUAUAUAUGGCCAGGUUUUAUAUACAGACACCACCUUUGCUAUGGGGCAUCUAAUACAGAGGAAAAAGGCCCACGUUUUUGGUGACGAUCUGAGUUUGGUGACGUUGUUCCGCUGUAUUCAAAACAUGCCUGAAAUUCUCCCCAACAAUUCCUGUUAUACUGCGGGCAUUGCAAAGCUAGAAGAAGGAGAUGAGCUUCAACUUACAAUCCCACGAAAUAGUGCCAAAAUAUCGUUGGAUGGAGAUGGCACCUUUUUUGGGGCAGUGAGAUUGCUGUGACAUAAUUCUGCACUAUUUUUGCAGCAGUUUUCUCCUUAUUUCCUACCACCAAAAAAACCACAAUCUUGGAAAUAUAGAAAAUCCGUCACAUUAGCCGUUUGUUUCUGUGCCUUUGAACGCAGACCAAAACAGGAAACACAACAGACAGUUCCAGCUAACGGUUGUCACGUGAAUUAUGAGAAAUACAAUUCAUUUAAAGAGAAGAGAUCUAAAUUCUUGUUACUAUAGUGACAGGAGCAGUCACAAAACUUAAAGGGACAAUUUCCGUUGACAAAACAUGCCCUAUGCUGUGCAAAAACAGACUGAUGGCAGGUCUCUUAAAGGAGCAGAUGUUUAGGUUAAAUUGUCCACGUUUUGGCCACCUGAAUGAUGGGGAUAAGUCAGCCGAUUGCAUUUAUUGGGCGCCUACUGUGUGCAGAGCACUGUAGUAGGUGCUUGGGAGAGUAUAACAUAACAAUAUUACAGACACAUUAGCUCUCCACAACGAGCUUACAGUCUAGGAAAGAGUUCCAGGACUAGAAGGCCAUCGCAUUUUAGCUAACAAAAAUGAAUUUUUAAAAAUGCUGACAUUUAAAAAUAUUUAACCCAAACCACUA